AUGACUGUUUCUGAAGAAGAUAAGAAUGUUAACAUCGAUGUUUUUCAAUCUAUUCAAUGCUCAUCAAUUGAUGUGCAUGAUGUUUUAUUGAGUGAUGUACACAUACGUCAUGGUGAUGUUGUCAAGCGAGAAAAUCGAGGUUGUAUAAUAUCAGGUGAUUUAUUUCGUUAUAUAGCGAUUUCAGCUUAUGCAUCACUGUUAAUUUUUAUAAUUAAUACAUUACCUACUGAAUUACAAAACAAGUAUUUGAUCACAAUUUAUAGUGAAGGUGUAAUAGAUGAUUUUCAUGAUGUAUUCAUCGAUUUAAAACAAGCUUUAUCUGAAUCACGCUGUCAUGUAUCAUUUUUCUUAAACGGUCGAACAUCAGAAACAUUUAAUCGGUUACUACGCGAUGAUAUUUUAAUUAAUGCAUUAAGUACAUUUAGUAUGGCUGCUGGUAUAUUUAAUAGUCGACAAUUAAAAAUAGAGCCAUAUCAUAAUUGA